AUUACAAUUAAUUGGGAAGACUAGAGAGAAUUCAUUUUUUACGUGAUAAAAUAAACUCCUGCUAGUGAAAAUUGAAUUUUGACAGACAUUUAAUUUCUACUAGUUUAAAGAACAUUUCUGUUUGUAAAAACUGAACUUUUAAGAUUUAAUGGGAUCAAAUUCGGAGGUGUCUUUCCUGACUGUUUCAGCUAAGUGUGAACACCAUCACGUAUGAAAUAACUGUAAAUAGCAGUAAUAAUAACUGUAAAUAUGUUGAUGUUUUGUGGAGGUUUACAGUGAGAGUGCUCUCACUCUUCAGUAAAAGGCUGUUUGAAGGUGAACGGUGGUCUCUGAGGGGUGUUUUCUGCUGUAACACAGCUCCCUCUGUAGUUAAUGGUGUCUGUUUCCCUCUGUGGCUGUUUUUCUGCUGUUUCGUGGUAGCUCCCCGUGAGUACAGUGACGCUUUCAGAGUUGAUGAUGGUUGUCUAGUAACAGGUGAACCCAGGAAACAUCAGCAUCCCCACAGGACUCAAUUAAAUCUCCCACUAACGAGCUUAACGACACAGUGACCAGCAGUUCGUCUCAAAACCUCAGACCUCCGUCAGUCUGCUCUCAGUCUGAGACCCUGAAACGGCCAGCAGGACGCUGCCUCAGCUCUGAGCGCCAUGGCGGUGGACUUCAGUGGGAAAUGGGAGAUGUACGAGCAGAGUGAUCCAGAGGAGUUCCUCAAGGCCAUGGCUGUUCCUGAUGCGAUAGCGAAGAGGAUGAGGGAGGUGAAGCCUGUAACCAUCAUAAAGCAGGAUGGGGAGCACUUUGAGAUUUCAAUCAAAACUCCACUCCGCACCAACACCAACUCCUUCACCAUCGGCCAGGAGACCGAGUUCUGCACCAUGAACGGGAUGAAGUGCAAGACCACGGCUCAGCUGGUGGAUGGGAAGAUCGUCAUAGAGACGGAGACACUCUCUCAUGUGCGGGAGAUCCAGGGGGAGGACAUGGUGGAGACCCUCACAGCUGGCUCUGCGACCCUCGUCAGGAGAAGCAGGAGAGUCUGACGCCACAGCUGGAUUUAAAUCUACCUCUUCGUCUCAGUUUCACUGUUAGAUGUGAAUAAAUCUGUGAAUAAAUUCAGAGAAAUAUGUGAAUCUUUUAUUAAACUGUCCAGUCGUUCCCUGAUCGUUCAUUUAUUAUAUAUCUAUACUAUUUAAUGGCAUCAGUGAUCCCCAUUAAAGAUUAUAAAGAGGAAAAUAAUUAAAAUGACACCAGUAACUGAAAUGUGGUAAUUAUACAAAUACGCAUACAUUACUUACUUUCCAUAGCUUUUAUUCUCACGCUACAAAGCCAGCCUGUAUAACAUUGCCACCCCAACUUCUAAAUAAACAGAUGGAAAUCAUUCA